AUGCUCCUGGAGGAGGCCAAGUCCGAGUUCAAAAAGAAAAAUGCCAAAAUCAAGGCUGUCGAGGGUCACCUGGAAGCAGCCAGAACAGAAACUUGGGUGCUGACCCAAUGGCUCGAGCAGACGAAGGACGAGCUGGAUAUGGUCAGAGAAGAGCUAAAGUGUGCAUAUGAGCUGAAGCAAGAACCAAAGCUCGAAACCCAGCUACCCGGAACGCCUCAAGCCAGCAGAACAGGAUCCCCGAACCCAGACUUUUCCUGUGGAGGAAGGAUGGAUGGCCUGCUCUGUAAAGCCUCACCGAAUUUCACUCCGGGACAUCCCACCUGCAUUGAGGGGACAGCACGCCGCCGAAUGCCACCAGGCAUCGCCCCCGGGAUAACACCUAGAGACCUCGAUAAACGGGCAAAGAACAUUAAUAAGUUCACCCCGAAUCAUGAAGGGGGACACGACAUCCAUGCCUACCUACAGGACAUUGACUUUCAUCUUCAGAUGAUGCCCCAGGUCACCACCAGAGACAGAUUAUACCUGCUGAGGAGAACAUCCAGCCUUGAGGUCCGGAGUUUCUUAGAUCGCCAGCCAGAGCAGGUCAAAGCCGACUGCCUACUCCUGCGAAAGGCACAUUAG